AUGAAGGCGCACUUUGAAGACUUUGUGCCAACUGAGCUAUUCGUUCACUUGCCAGCUGAAACCCUGCUAACUGUGCUUCGAGGCAGCGAACUGUCUGUGGCGUCUGAGGAGUCGAUUAUCGCGGCUAUUGCACGCUGGGUGGAUGCUGGUCCUGGCCUGGCGGAUGAUGGGAGACUGGAAGCGCACGCUCCGACGAUGAUAAAGGAGGUACAGUGGCACCAGACGUCCGUGGAAUGUCGUGAUCGCCUGGUGGACAGUUGUCCAACACUCUGGGGAAGUCGCGAAUGUCUGUAAGUACACGGCACUGCAGCCCUGUUAUUUUCUCACCAAAAGACGACUUAUGUUCCAGAUCUUGAAUUGGAUUGGUGACGCAGACAAGAACAGGCGACCCUGUCCCUUCAUCGUAAGACCUCGUGGACGCCAGGCAGUCUUCUUCGUCUUUGGAAGGGACGACGAUGCCGAAGACGGCUGGUCUGUUUUCAGAGCCAAUUCGCAGCUGCAGCAGGCAGAACGCGUUGCUGACAUGGAAGCAGACCGUUCCUGGGCUACCUACAGUGUCGUGGGUGGUGAGUUGCCGGAUAGUUGUUUGACUGCAGUCUAAUGCCCCUCUGUGCAGGCCCUAAAUGUCAGUUCACUUUGCCAUCACGUCGUGGAUUUAGAGCUCAUCAAGAUGUUUCUUUAAGCCUAAUAAAGCACAUCAGACAAUUCGUUUUACGCAAAGUCCCUUGAUACGUCAGCGGGCUACUAUAUGUAUUGCACUUUUUCCACCCCACCCACACCCGUCAAACGGAAGAGAGCAUUUUCAUUGUUGGAGGAGGAUAUGGUGACUCUAUGCGGCGCGUUGAUGAAUUUCUGGUAAGAGAAGGACGCUGGCGUGAGCGGGCGCCCCUCGCCGUUGGACGCCGUGAGCACGCAGCCGCCGUCGUGAAGAUUCCCGAUGCUGCCAACGGGGAGGAGCCCAUGAUUGGGCUUUUUGGUGGACGGGAAAAUGGACUUUAUAGUUUAUGGAAUAGACCUUCCUCUUGUGAAAUCUAUGAUGUCAGGCAGGACAGGUGAGUGUAGACGCCCGGUCUUGACGCCCAUUUAUUUUUUUUGUCAAAAUAUUUAUUUUCUUUUCCUAGCUCGCCUGGUUGCCCAACAGAUGGCACAAACUGCCUGAUCUGCAGGAGAGAAGGUGGGCCCCAGCUGCUGCCUCUCUGCCCGGCGACAAUCGGGUCUUCGUUUUUGGUGGCUUUAAUGGUUCCUUCCCCCUCGCUUCCGUGAAGUUCUGUCAUCUGGGAGCAGACUGGCGGGAGCAGGCGACCUCACCUGACUUUUGGCAACCAGCUGCUCCCAUGAGAACUGCGCGAUGGAGACUCGCAGCGGCACCCUUUCGGGGAACAAUCCUGGUCGCCGGUGGAGUGGACAGCGAGAACGAUACUGUAGACGUUGUGGAGAUGUUUACGCCGCCAGAAGCCGGCAGUCCCCUCGGCCAGUGGACAGAACUGGCUGGCAUGCAGGAGCCUCGCUCUGGGUUCACUCUUCUCGCCUCCGCUAACGUCGUCUUUGCUCUCGGCGGCAACGGUAGAAAUGCAACACACAAUAAAAUGCAUUCUUUCUCUCUCUGUUUUUCAUGCCACGCACUGCGUCAGCAUGCGACACUCGCUGUAAAUGUUAAUCUGGCACGUUUUUUCUAAAUGCUCAUAUCGCACCAUUACAGUGAAUACUGCCUAUCCCUUUUGGUCUGUUUAUUUUUCUGACAUUGUUUUUUGUGAAAAACUUUCCUUAUAAGUAUAUUUUAACAUUUGUAGACAACACGGUAGAGGAGCUCACAGCACCAGAAUGUUCAGCCAACCCGGACGAUGACUUGACCGCUUGGAUCUGGUCACCCAAGGGCACACUGGAAUCGCUUAGCGAGAUUGCUGGAGCAGUAACCCUUCGCAUGUAA